AUGGUGCCUUCAGAGGAGCGAGCCCUGCAAGAGGGCAAAUCAAUUCACAACGCAGAGUUGGAAAUGGCACACACCAUUAUGAUCGAAGACAACCGCCAAACUCCCGACCUUACAGAGGCCGAGAGGAAGAAAUUACUCCGCAAGAUGGACCUCCGACUGGUCCCGAUGGUGACAUUACUAUACCUGCUCUCUUUCCUGGACCGCGGCAACAUAGGCAACGCGCGACUUGGGGGCUUGGAAGACGACCUUGGCUUAGUCGGCAAUCAAUACAACAUAGCCUUAACCAUCUUUUUCUUUCCAUACUGCCUGUUCGAGGCACCAUCGAACCUGCUGCUGAUGAAAUUCCGGCCUUCCAUCUGGCUUCCUUCGAUCAUGAUUGCUUGGGGCACUGUCAUGACUCUGAUGGGCACUGUGCAAAACUACGAAGGACUCCUUGCCACCCGAUUUUUCCUGGGGAUGACCGAGUCUGGACUCUUUCCAGGAGUGGCAUAUUACCUCACGAUGUGGUACACACGCCAUGAAGUGCAAUUUCGAAUGGGCCUGUUUUUCGCCGGAGCGAGCCUUGCUGGCGGGUUCUCAGGCUUGCUCGCCUAUGCGAUCCUCCAGAUGGAUGGCGUGGCAGGUCAGGCCGGCUGGAGAUGGAUUUUCAUCCUCGAGGGCAUCUUGACGGUCAUCGUGGCUGUGGCCGCUUUCUGGUUCAUCCACGACUUCCCCGAGACGGCCAAGUUCCUGACACAGAGGGAAAGAGUCUAUCUCGUCCAUCGAUUGAGGCACGACCUUGGUGGCCAAGGCCACGAAGGGGAGGCCGUCGGACUUGAGACGUCUUUUCGGUGGAAAUAUGUUGCAAUGGCGUUCACAGACUGGCAGACGUAUAUGAUGGUCUUACUCUACUGGGCGGCAUGUUGUCCUCUUUACGGGGUCUCUUUGUUCCUGCCAACCAUUGUCAAGUCAAUGGGCUACAAGUCAACGGAGGCGCAGCUGCUCACCAUUCCCAUCUAUGCCGCCGCUUGCAUCACCUGUCUUCUGGUGGGAUAUUUCUCGGACCGGCUGAGGAAACGAGCGCCGUUUGUGUUCGGUUGCUACGUCGCAAUGCUUACUGGGUAUAUUAUGUGUGCUGCUCCUAGGCACUUCACUCCUGGACUCACCUACGCUGGGAUCAUGAUCGCGGCGUGUGGUCUCUACAGUGUCAUACCGGGGCUUCUUGCGUGGUUCUCCAAUAACCUAGCACCAGUGCACAAGCGAUCCGUGGCCAUGGCUUUGCAAAUCGGACUGGGUACUCUCGCCGGUGCUGCAGCGUCCAAUUUCUACGUGGCAUCGGACGCACCCACGUAUCGAACGGGACAUACCAUUGAACUCGCAUUCGUCAGCAUGGGCCUGGUGUUGGUGAUCGCUUACUACAUCAGCUGCUCCCUCGCCAACAAGAAGAGGGCAAAGAUGUCGCUGGAGAUGUACACCAAUCAACAGCUGGCAGAAUUAGGGGACAAGAGUCCGGCGGUCAGCGACACGUGCAGAAGGAGGCACAUCAAAUUGACUUUUGUGGCCGAGAAUGUUGAUGUAACUUCUCCCGAAAUACAAACGGCGGACGAGGAGGUGACUGAGAUCUCUGCCCAGAUCCACGAGCAGAUUCAAGAUGAGAGUGCUUGUUGGGUGGACGAAGAGUUCGAUAGCGAGAGACAUGGGACGUCGUCUCCGCCUCAGUCGAGCAUCGUAGCGGAUGUCGACUUGUCCAGAGUCUCUCCGAGCCUGACUUCGCUCACGGCCUUGAUCAGUGCCAGCACGUUCAAUCCUGCCAUUGGAUUGAUGCAGCCGGCAGACGACCCAAGGCCGUUUCUCCCCGCCUUGUCCACAUCGGGCUCUCCUGAGCUGGACAUCCUGUCCGAAGCCACGUCUUCUACAAGAGCUGUAGCCAUCGAGACCCCCCGCUUGAAGGACCGCGUGGAAGCCUUGCUCUUCCGGCACUAUGUGGAGAAUUUGGCCCCCUGGUUCGACGUAACAGAUCCGCGGCGACAUUUUCAAAUUCAUGUGCCCGAACGAGCGCUGGAGAGUGAUGUCCUCCUAGAUGCCAUCUUUGCCCUCUCUGCCUUGAAUAUCGGUCGACUCCACCCGACAGAAACCACGCAGCGGGUGGACGUCGACCCCGUCCUCUCCGAAGUCUACCACACACGGUGUAUAGGAAAGCUGAUCUCUCUUAUGAACGACAAAGAUACCGCCAUCGAUGAGGACGUGCUUUCCGCCGCAGUUAUCUUGCGCAAGUUCGAGGAGAUGAACGGCAAGUCCAUCUUUCACAUCAUCGGACAGGACCGUGGCCACCAUCUACUCGGCGUCGCCGCACUCUUCAAUUCUCGAAGUUGUGCCAUGACGGGCGGACUGGCUGAAGCCGCCUUCUGGCAAUUCGUCCGCCAGGACGCGUACAUGGCCCUUUUCACCCAUCAACCCCCUCGAAUCGACUUUACCAAACAAGACUUCUUCUUCUCCUUGUCCGAGACGUCCGAUUCCGUGUGGGCGAACCGGAUCGUCUUCUCCACGGUCAUGGUCAUAUCCUACUGCUUCUCCGGGACGGCAAAAUCCGUCGACAUGUGGCAGGAUCUGACUGACCAGGUCGACAUGUGGGAUGCACAGAAACCAGCGUCGUUCAGACCGAUUUUCGCGGGGCAGCCCGCGGUCGCCGAAGGAAGGCAUUGGCCUGAAAUCUUGUUCUACACUCCGUGGCAUGCCACAGGGAUGCAAUACUACCACCUCGCAAAGCUUUUGUUGUGCUUGUACAGUCCUUAUGUUCCACCUCCAGGUGUGGGACUCGAGUACGCUCGGGCUCAUCGAACAAUGAGGGAAACUGUUCUCUUCCACACCAGAGCACUUUGCGGGAUCGCCCAGUCCGGCCACUUCGUCACCACCAGGUUCUUCAUGUGCCCCAUCAUGCAAAUGUGCGGCGGCUGGUUCACCGAUCCGGAUGAGCAACACGCGAUCCUAGAUCUGCUUCAUCAAGCCGAAAACGCAAACGGGUGGCCGACAAAACGCACCACCGAGUCAUUGAUGAGGCAUUGGCUUUUAGAGACGCCACCCCAUCAUGGGUCUCGAGUGCUUCCGGAGUUGUCGCCUUGA